UUUGAAAAUAUGUACAAGCAGUGGUUUUUUUUCUCAAUAUUCGACGAACUCAAUAAAAUAUGAUUACUUUUCUGGUGAAUUCGUAGUCUUUUCGCGAUGAAAAAGACCGUUCCGGUAACUGGUUUUUUCAUCACGUGCUUUUGGUGCUUACAGUAGUUUGAAUACCUCGAAACAAGUCUGCAUUGCCGGUUUUUGUAUUGUCUUGUUCUUGAUUGCGGGGGGUUAUUUAUUCGAGCCCAACACAGCAUCGCGUGGCUAGUCGGACCGUCUCUCUCGUUCAAGUAGUGCGUGCGUUUAAAUAAACCUUAAGAGAAAAAAAGUUUUGCUCAUAUUCAAGUGAUCGCACCGUUAUAAAAUAAAAAGUCAAAAAGUAAAUAUUUUUGGAGAUCAAGAAAAUCGCAAAAACUGCUUCGAACUGAGAGAUUAUCAAGAGGAGAACGCAUUUGGAUAUGUAUAAAUAACGAUGGUACGUUUGCACAGCCAUUAGCACCUUUUCACUUGGACUGGAUACUGGAAGUGCGAAACGUUCGCACGAGCUGUGUCGUGCCGCGUUUAUUCAUUCACAUAAAAGAACGCAAAAUUCAAAAACAGCAAUCAAGAAGAAACAUUGUUUAAGUGUCCUUGGUAUGAUGGGUCUAACACAGGUGGAGAAAAUUAUUCCCGGUGCUCGAUGGCUUAGAGGAUACAACGCGCAGUAUGCAGUAGCUGAUUUGAUAGCCGGUAUCACCGUUGGAUUGACGGUGCUGCCUCAGGGUUUGGCUUACGCUACGCUUGCUGGAUUAGAACCGCAGUAUGGUCUAUAUUCGGCUUUCGUAGGUGGAGUGGUCUAUGCACUGUUGGGUGGUUGUCGGGAAGUAACUAUCGGACCAACAGCUCUGCUCGCGCUAAUGACCAGUCGUCACACUGGCUAUGGUGGGAACUCUGGACCACAAUUUGCCAUCUUGUUAUGCUUUCUGGCAGGAAUCGUAGAGCUGUUAAUGGCAGUUUUACGGUUAGGAGCGCUGGUUGAUCUCAUCUCGCUACCUGUGACGGUUGGAUUUACCUCAGCAACAGCACUUAUUAUAGGAGCAUCACAGCUGAAAGCUCUUUUGGGUAUCCGUGGAGGUUCCGGCGCUGGGUUUACCGAAACCAUCUCAACCGUGGUUCAAAACAUUGGAAAUGCGCAUAUUCCGGACAGCAUAUUAGGCUUCAGCUCUAUCGCGAUUUUACUGUUAUUAAGAAAACUAAAAGAUAUUAAAACUCCUCCUCAGGCCAGUCGAGGACGAAAAACGUUUGGUAUGGUCCUAUGGCUGAUCGCGACGGCCAGAAAUGCCUUACUGGUGCUGGUUACUAGUUUGCUCGCUUUCUAUUACGAUCGCAACGGCUCGCGUCCAUUUGCUCUAACCGGUACCAUUCGAAGUGGGAUACCUGGAUUCCAUUUACCACCUUUCACUACUCAGAUUCCCGCUGCCAACAACACGGUCACGGACUUGGAUUUUCUCCAAAUGGCGUCUGAGUUAGGUCUCAAUAUUGCUCUGGUUCCGGUAAUAGCCGUGUUGGGCAACGUUGCCAUUUCCAAGGCCUUCGGAGGAAGUGGUAUCAAUCCGACGAAAGAGUUAGUGGCCUUGUCUCUUAGCAAUAUUUUCGGAGCGUUUUUUAGCUCCAUUCCCGUUACUGGUUCAUUCUCGCGAAGUGCUGUGAAUCAUGCCAGUGGUGUGAAAACUCCAAUUGGUGGUAUCUACACUGGUGCUUUAGUAUUACUCGCCCUCGGACUGCUAACCCCUUAUUUCCAGUUCAUUCCGAAGGCCGCACUAAGUGCGGUCAUCAUAUCCGCGGUAAUCUUUAUGAUCGAGUAUGAAGUUAUACGACCGCUUUGGCGCUGUAACAAGCGAGAGCUAAUUCCUGGUGCUAUUACAUUUGUGUUGAGCUUGGUUAUUGGCGUGGAACUAGGACUGCUGGCAGGAGUGCUGGCCGAUCUAGCGUUUGUAGUAUAUCGAACUGCACGACCAGUAUUAAGUGUAGAUGUUGCAUCAACUGUUACCGAUAUUCAAUACAUCAUCAUUCGACCAAGGCACAGUCUACUGUACUUCCCAGCGGUCGAGUGGGUGCGAAACGGUAUCUCUAAAGCGAUAAAAACUCAUGGCAACGUUCCUGUGGUCCUGGAUUGCCGAAUUGUUCACGAACUCGAUUACACGGCGGCUACAGGCUUAGGGGCGCUGCGGAAGGAGCUCGAUCUCAAGAAAAUUCCCCUGAUUGUCCUGGGAGCAUCCGACGCGAUGCGAAUAAUUUUGCGUGAAACAAUCAAAAGUUCCAUGCUGGAGGCCAGCAAUGAAGUCGAAUUGGAGAGAGUACUGCAAGAGUUAGGUAGCGAGAGCAGCAAGGGUGAACUUCGAGAAGUUGUCACUCCCUUAUUAACGCCAACGGACGAUCAGCCUCAGCCCGAGGCUACCGAAGAUUCCGCCCAACGCAAAAAAGGUCGGAUAUGACUACGGUGUAAUCGUUUGUGGAGGUAUCCUUAUCAAUCUACGUUAAAUGCGUAUCAGUACAGAGUACAGAUGGUGAGAUUUGUGCUCGAUUUGCUCUACGUCCGGAAUUAUGAAACGAAUUCUCUCUAUAAAGUAUCUCUCGAUCGGUUUACUUUACAAUGUUCCUCUAUGAUUUAUUUAUAACGAUGUGAAUUUUUAUUGUGUAUUGUUUUUCAAAUAACAGCAGAAAACUUUUCCAAGAAA